CACCAGGCCCUCCCUCCUGGGAAACGGACCUCGGGAGAGAAGUCGUGUCGGGGGCGACCCUGGACCUCUCCUGCAGCGCCGUCGGAGGCGCCCCUUCCCCCACACUAAGAAUCUACAAAGAGGACGAGGCGGUACCGACCCAGGUGGAGAAGAGAGGCAACGUGACCCGGGCGCGGAGCCUGAUCAAGAUCAGGGCGUCGGACAACGGGUCAAAGGUCACCUGCGAGGUGUCGAGCCCUGCCACCAGGAUGCCCCUGACCACCUCGGCCAGACUCUCCGUCCUGUUUGGCCCAUCAGAGACGAAAGGAUGGAUGGCUCCCUACCAGGUGGAGGAAGGUGCUCUCUUUAAUCUGUUCUGUGAGUCGUCAUCGAGCUUGCCCCCAUCGAACAUCACGUGGGACGUAGAGGGAAUGGUUGUCGCCGAGCCUAGUGUGGACUUCUACCCUGCAGUCUUUGGAGGAACAAGUACAAGGUCUCAGAAGCAGAUGAGAGCCUCCGCCGCCGAUGACGGCAGACUCGUCCGAUGCUCAGCCCACAACGGCAUAGGUCCUCCAGCCACCACGAAUUUCACUCUGCACGUCCUCCAUGCUCCGAUAUGGAUCAAGGAGCCUUCUCCACAGGUCAACGUCCAAGAGAAUUCCCACGUCGUCAUUCCCGCCCUUGCAAAGUCUAAUCCUGGACCACCAAGCUACAGAUGGCAGAGGGGGGAGGACUUACUGGGAGGACGGGACGAGUUGCAGCUGGAGAAAGUGAGACGCAGCCAGUCCGGAAACUAUUCGGUCAGCGCCACCAACGAGAGGGGCACCGUCAGCGCCUCCUUCUUCCUCAACGUCCAGUAUGGUCCGGAAGUGCUGCCGCCCAUAGACAGGGUGACGGUGGAGGGGGGAGGGAGUGUCAGCGUGAAGUGCAUCGCCAGAGCCAACCCGCCAGCCAGAGUGAUCUGGUCUCGAACGCCUCACUUCCAGAAGAGCAACAAGACGCAGAUCCUGAGUUCGGGAGUGGCCAAAGCGGAGCUGGUGCUUCGUCACAUCAAGCCAGAGGACACCGGCGUCUACUACUGCCAUGCCGCGAAUUUAGUCGGGUACUCGUUACCCGUCAAGACCAAAAUCAUUGUUUUGCAGGCGGUGACGGCCGUCGAUAAUGGAAACAGCAUCAGCUGGUCUUCGCCCGACGUGUACGGAGGUGGCGGCAGCACUUCGUUGGCAAGCGAUGGCAUGGCCCUGGGCGUCCCCGCGGGCGGCCUUGGGCGUCUGGAGUGUCUGGUGAAGGCGGCACCGCAGCCCACGUUUGUUUGGAGCGGGAGGGGCGGACUCAUCCUCUUCAAGAGCGACAAAUACUUCAUCCACGAACCGCAGCUGGUGGACGGGCUGGUCACGUGGAGGUCAGUGCUGGAGAUCCGGAGAGUGACCCAGGAAGACUUCGCGCAGUACAAAUGCUCCGCCUCCAACAAGCUCGGCUCCCAAACCAUUCCGUUGUCGCUGACGACGCCCUCCCACCCCCAGCAGCCGAGCAAUUUGAACGUCGCCAGGAUCAGCAGCUCUGCCGUGUCCCUGACCUGGACGCCGGACUUCUCAGGAGGUCAGCCCGAUGGAUAUACGGUCAAGUAUCGGCCUGCUGGGGACACGAGAUAUCAGUACGCCGAGGUUCCGGGAGGCCACGUUACCAAGAUGACAGUCGAAAAACUGCUUCCAGACACUGAGUAUUCCUUCACUGUGCAGGCAACGAAUCAUUUUGGCACUUCUCCUUACAGCCCUGUCAUUUAUGUACAUACACUGGAAGGCCCCUCAAAGGAACCGACAACGCUGAAGGAGGCGACUCAAAACGCAAGCAGCAGCAACAGCAGGUUUCCAGGUAACUGGACGCAGUCAGGAGUUCAAGGAAUGGGAGGGGACGGAGAAGGAGGAGGAGGAGGAGGAGGGGCCAGGACCUUGACCCACGCCAGGUCAGGCGUGCCACGCCUCAUCCUGCUCAUCAUGAUCCUCACUGGGACGGCUUUCCUCAUCAUCAACACCGCCAUCAUCGCCUGCUUCGUGCAGCGGAGGUCGCGCAACAGACGCCAGAGGAUGGUGUCAUCCGUCAAAUCGAGUGUGAUGGAUCUGGGAGAAGGAACUUCGGGGGACUCCGCAACCAGCCCAAACCACGGUGACGUUGUUCUGUCCCUGACCACCAGCUUUUCCAAAAGCUUCUCCAGGUCUCCCGUGUUUUGCCAGGAGGACCAACAGAAAACUGAGGAAACGGCCAAUUUCACCACCUUUUCCACUAUCAGUGCCCCGCCUCUGACGCCUCUCCUGAAUGGUGGUGUCAUCACUUCCGACACCACACUGCUCACCAUUGGCGCCAGUCGCCAACAAAACACUGCCUUCAAACAAAGGAGCAGUUUCCUCUCCAAGUCAUCAGCUGACGUUGUCGUGGACACCUUAUCAGCCACCUUCGCUAAAAAUGGCUCCGGUGGGACCAGAAGUCCUGAAAAGCCGGAGGAGAGGGUCGACUACAGCUCAGCAACAGUGAAUUAUUUUCCGACUGAGCUAGACGCGUGCUCCCAGAGUUCUAGUGUUUAUGACAAUGCGUCCUCUCCUCAUCUUUCGACCAAAAAUACUUCAGUUCGCUCGGAUUCUUCUUCACAGGAGGAAGAUGAUGAAGAUGACGACGACGAAGAGGAAGAGAAUGAGGAGGAGCAGGAGGAAGAAGAAGAAGAGGAGCAAGAUGAUCUCUUCUCCUUGCGUUCCAUCAGCAGCAAUACUUCAAGAACCUAUCGUCCUAGUCAUACGCGUCCUUUGGUCUCGAGUCUAGGCCUUAGAGAUGAGCUUCAUGUGAAAUGUCUUCCAUCUCCGGAAGUACAGCUCAAGGUUCCAACCACAGAUGAAGUUCAGCACAGGCUUCAAGAGCAUAUCCAGAAAGACCUAGACCUCCAUAAGAUGCAGCAGCGGCAGCAGCAGCAGCAACAGGCAGCAUUCGCCAAGUCUCAGGAAUACUCAAGAUUAAGCAACUCGGGUGUCAACAAUCAUCCUACUUCGGUCAAUUUUAAUGCGAGGUGUCAUCUUUCCUCUUUCGCACCAGGUUCCCCACCCCAGUACACCACACUGCAAGGGCUGCGUCUACCCGGCAAAGCUGCGCAGCCCAGAACACCAACUGCUCUCACGAAUGAAUACGAAUACGACUGGACAUUUCCUUUCAGUGGUGGGGGUUUCCCCGUGGGGGGGAAAUCGUCUCCUUUGUAUGAAGUCGUAGGUAUAAUUAGACCCCAAAAACCAGAGACUUUCCACCUUCUGGAGUCUCUGAGCUCUGUAAGUCCCGACGACGCUCCUACCUUGCCCGAUGCUCAGCGUAGAAUCUUACAGAAUGAAUUGACUCGACCUUCUGAAGCACGUAUCCAAACUUUACAUCUGCCCAAAUCCAGUGGAACAUCUUUAGGAACCAUAACUCCAGGAGGGUCGACCUACCGGCAGGAAAACAGCGGUUCCUCGGGCUACAGCAGUAGUACGCAAUCAAUAGUUCAAAAAAAUCCCGACGAUUAUUCACCGCAGAAACUGAUCAGCCCGCCGGUGUCCAACUCCCAGGCAGACACAGGCGUCCACCUAGUGGAGUUUCUACCUCACCCCAGACUGUUGCAGAAGCAGGUGUCGAGGGAAACGCCUCUGUGUGUCCUGGUGCCUCCGGCUGUGGAAUCCCGACAUCCCCAAAGUCACUCCAAAAGAGACUCGAGUACAGUGUCCGUAUGUAGGCGAAAUAGUCAAGAUGUUAAAGAAAACAGAUAGAGUAUGUUUAUACAUAGAUAUAUUGUUUCCCAUAUUUCCAUAUUUUAAAAUAUUUUCAAAUAUUUUAAAGAGACUUUUUAUCUUCAUUAGUGGUCAAAGAGGUCCUCAAGUUAGGUUUUCACUUUGUGAUGAUCAUUUCCAGAUAUAAAAAAUCUUCAUCGUUUCAGAUGUUGCACCAGCCACUCUCUUGUGAUUGAUGUGAGUUGAGGAGAUUUUAAAAUGGAUAAUAUAAUAUGUCAUACUUAAGAUAUUGUCUUGCAUUUAAGUUAAACCCCAACACUCCAUUAUGUCCUUGUUUCCUAUAUUUUGUAUGACAGUCUACGACUCGGACAAUAAAAGGCUUCUGUCUUCAAUUUGUUGACUAGAUUGCGAAAGUUUUAAGGAAAUAUCUUCAGUGCCAGAAUAGAGCAUCAGAGGCACAAUGAACAGGUGAAAGCCAACCUCUCGCAGCAAGAAUAAGUGACCUAAAUCAAAGAGCAGAGUCAUAGUGACAAUCUAAAUCGUUAAAAAUGGGAAAAAAAUAUUUUGUUUGAUAACUGAUAAACUGCUUUCACUACAUUUUCUUAACUUAAUCAGAAGAUGAAUAUAAUGGCUGGAACUGAGAUCUGAUUAUGAGAGAAACCCUGGACCCCUCUCCAUCCUUGAUGCUUAGAAGUCGAAGAAGAAAAUUUGUACAAUAACCAACAUUAAAAGAAAUUGUUCACCUUGCCUAAUCUCAAAAUGACCUUGCAACCAUCAGAGCAGCCCAGGUUCCCCCAGAGCAUAACGUGGUACCUAAUAAUUAUAGGAAUUAAGCAAAGAAGAUGAAAACUGCCAUUAUUUAAGUACCACAAGUAUAUUGUAAAAGCCAUAAAUCGGAGAGAACAAAAUACUGAAUUAUAAUUUGAAGGCUCACUUGCCAGCAAGCUGAUGGGACCAGUCACUGCGUGAACACCGUAACUUCAUGAAUCACUCUCGUGUGAAAGCGCCUGCAAAAUCAAAGAUUAGUGUAAUUUAGCUUAAUGAAAUAGCUAUGUUUUUUGUGACAAACUGCUUUUCCAACGUGAAUAGACAAGUAAAAUAAGCCCUUUAAGGGAUUACAAUUAUUAAAGAGGAAAUUACCCAGGAGGUCGCUGAAUAAAGUAUCUGUUUUAUACAUAUUAGGUUCAGGAUGCAAAAUCCAUGGCUCAGCAUCAGAAGAAAACAUAGAAUAAAUACUCUCAACCCAGUCGACAAUGAAGAGCUUAGAACCUUUUCUGGAGUUUUUGCAUUUUUCUCCAACUAAAUCCCAAUGCGCAGAAUGUACUACAAACACCACCCUACAUAGGCCCCGUCCACACGGCCGAGCUUUGCUCGACGAACUUUGUUCGAUGUGACGUCAGAAGCGGAGAAACCGCGGCAA